CGAAAAUAGUGUUGCCAGGCGCGAAUUUCCGGUUGUCACUCUCUUUUGCGUGAAAAAAAUACAAGAUGCCUCCGAAGAAGGACGCAAAGUCGACGGCGAAGCAGCCCCAGAAGACACAGAAGAAGAAGGAGGGCUCCGGCGGCGGCAAGGCGAAGAAGAAGAAGUGGUCGAAGGGAAAAGUGCGCGACAAGCUCAACAAUCAGGUGCUAUUCGACAAGGCGACGUACGAGAAGUUCCUGAAGGAAGUGCCGCACUGGAAGCUCAUCACGCCUUCUGUGGUGUCUGAGCGUCUGAAGGUGCGCGGCUCGCUGGCGAAGCAGGCGCUGAAUGAGCUCCGCGAGAAUGGCCACAUCAAGCUGGUGGUGAAGCACCAUUCGCAGCUGAUCUACACGCGGGCGACCAAGGGAGACGACAUCGUGGCCUGAACAGCUUCCGGACGACGUCAUGUAGACGCGAUGGGGCAAUAAAGGGGCGCGCGAGUGUUGAGAGAAGGAGAAAGAAAAAAAAAACUGUGUUUCAAUUUGUAUCA